ACGCAUGUUAUGCUCGGGAGACGCAGCUGCGCGUGUGUUAGCUCGGAGCUAAAGCUAAAAACAGAGUAAAGAUGUCUAAAGGACAAACACUGAGAGGUCUGGUAAAAGCGCGGCUGAUGGUGGCUGCGGAAGAGAUCUUUGCGCUGUUUGAAAGAACAAUAGUGGAGUAUGAGGAGGAACUGCGCCGCUCUAAAGAGGAGAACCAGAGGAAAGAGGAGCUGCUGCAGGCUCUGAACCCGAGAACCGUGCUGCUGUUCAGGGCGGAUAUCAGGACUAUCCCCGCGAGUCUGAACCAGGGACCGAACCAGGAAUCUAAUCAAGGAUCGAACCAAGGACCGAACCACGGACCGAACCAGGGACUGACCCAGGUACUGAUUCAAGGACCGAACCAAAGACCGAACCAGGGACUGAACCAGGGACUAAACCAGGGACUAAACCAGGAAAUCCCCAAAACUCUAAAGAUUAAAGAGGAGCCAGAGGAACAACACGUCAAACAUGAGAAGGAUCAGCUGCAGGUGCCUGAGUCCAGUUCUGUCAGUGUGCAGAGACACGAGUCCUCACAUCUCCUCCAAACUAAGCCCAGAGAUGAGAUACAGGGAGAAGAGCCACGGUUACACCCAGAGACUGAGGGAGAGUCUGACACGGACAACAGUGAAGACUGGAGAGCUCCAUUCAACUGUUCAGGAGCUCACAUGGAGACGGAGGACACUGAAGAACCAGGGACAAGUGUCACUGCAAACAACAUGACAGGAACAGCUGAACGAACUGACAAGCCCACAGAACACAAUUGCUCUUUUUGUGAAAAGAUAUUUCGAUCUAAGCAUCACUUAAAAAUCCACACUAGAGUUCACACAGGAGAAAAACCUUGCAGUUGCUCAGUUUGUGGAAAAAGGUUUGCGGUUGGCUCCACUCUCAAACUCCACAUGAGAACGCACACAGGUGACAGACCAUUCAGCUGUUCAUUCUGUCAGAAAAGAUUUAGUCAAAGGUCUCAUCUUAAUGGACAUAUCAGGAUACACACAGGAUACAGGCCUUUCAGCUGUUCAAUCUGUGAGAAAACAUUUGCUCAAAGAUCUCACCUUAAAAGACAUAUGACAACACACACUGAAAAGGACCAGCUAACGAUAGCGGAGUAUGAGGAGGAACUGCGCCGCUCUAAAGAGGAGAACCAGAGGAAAGAGGAGCUGCUGGAGGCUCUGAACCCGAAAAGCGUGCUGCUGUUCAGGGCGGAUAUCAGGACUGGCCCCACGAGUAUGAACCAGGGACCGAACCAGGGACUAAACCUGAAAAUCCCGAAAACUCCACGGAUUAAAGAGAACCCAGAAGAACAGUGCAUCAAACAGGAGGAAGAGUCACUCUCAGUGUCUGUGUCAGAGUCCAGUUCUGUCAGUGUGAAGAGAGGAGAGUCCUCACAGCUCCUACAAACUAAGCCCAGAGAGGAAACACAGGGAGAGGGUCCACAGUUAAACCCAGAGACUGAGGGAGAGUCUGACACGGACAACAGUGAAGACUGGAGAGCUCCAUGCAACUGUUCAGGAGCUCACAUGGAGACAGAGGCAGAAGAACCAGGGACAAGUGUCACUGCAAACAACAUGACAGGAACAGCUGAAAGAACUGACAAGACCACAGAACACAACACCUUACGCGUCAUUGGGAGCCGUACGUGUGUUAGCUCGGAGCUAAAGCUAAAAACAAUAAACAUGUCUAAAGGACAAAUGCUGAAAGAUCUGGUAAAUGCGCGGCUGACGGCGGCUGCGGAAGAGAUCUUUGCGCUGUUUGAAAGAUCGAUAGCGGAGUAUGAGGAGGAACUGCGCCGCUCUAAAGAGGAGAACCAGAGGAAACUGGAGCUGCUGCAGGCUCUGAACCCGAGAACCGUGCUGCUGUUCAGGGCGGAUAUCAGAACUAUCCCCGCGAGCCCUGGCCCCGGUCUGAACCAAGAAUUGAACCAUGGACUAAACCAGGGACUAAACCACCAACUGAACCAGGGACUGACCCAGGGACUAAACCAGGCUUUGAACCAGGAAAUCCCGAACCCUCCUCCUGUCUGUCCUGUUCAGGUGAAAGAGGAGCCAGAGGAACAGUGCAUCAAACAGGAGGAAGAGCCGCUCUCAGUGUCUGUCCCAGAGUCCAGUUCAAGUCCAGUCAAUGUGAAGGGUGAAGAGUCCUCACAGUUUCAGCAAACUGAGCCUAGAGAGGACACAGAAGGAGAGGAGCCACUAUUACAGCCAGAGACCGAGGGAGAGUGUGGCACGGACAACGAUGAAGACUGGAGAGCUCCAUUCAGCUGUUCAGGAAACAUGGAGACAGAGGCUGAAGAACCAGGGACAAGUGUCACUGAUAGCAACAUGGCAGGAACCACCAAAAGAACUGGAAAGAAGCUCCAUAAGUGCCCCAUUUGUGAAAAGACAUUAACCAGUAAGCAAAAUUUAAAAAUCCACACCAGAGUUCACACAGGAGAGAAACCUUACAGCUGUUCAGUGUGUGGGAAAGCAUUUGUCAUCACCUCAAAACUCAAAAUCCACAUGAGAACGCACACAGGAGAAAAACCCUACAGAUGUUCGUUCUGUGAGAAAACUUUUAGCCAAAAGGGUCAUCUGGACGAGCACAUCAGGAUUCACACAGGAGACAGACCAUUCAGGUGUUCACUGUGUGGCAAAACCUUCACUCAAAGACCUCAUCUCAAAGGACACAUGAUCACACACAGGAAGAGAGGUUAUACAGCUGUUCUGACCUAAGCCAAUACACAAGAGCACACACACAGUCCAUGGGUUUUACCUUAUUCAAUCAAAUGCGGUGAAUCAAAAACUUGAUUUCGUUUGUUUAUGAUUAUAAUCUAUUGUUUUAUUUUGAAGAAAUUACAUUAGGAGCCCUCUGCACUGGUGGAGGUUUGGUGUCUCUAGGCCUGUUACUUAUUUUGACGUACGAUAUAUUGCUUCAGAGAUUAAUUUUGAUAAACGAAAAUACUGAACUACUUUAUGCCACUGACACGGUAACAGUAAGGCAGGAUAAUGCCAGGAAACAUUUUUAAAUAGACACUGUCCUUCAAAAGGCCUGAGUUGCAAAAAAUAACAGAAUGAAAUAAUAAUCAGCCAUAGAUUUCACCUAUUUAACCUUUCACAGCUUAAAUAUUAUCAUCUUAAAGGGCCUAUAUUACACAUUUUUCUGAUCAAUUAUAAUGUUAUUUUCUCAUCACAAACAGACCUGGAGUUGUGUUUUGUUUCAUUCACACAUUUUUAACACACAAAUUUAUAUUUUACACGCAUAUUUAAGAUGAGUUUUUCUCUUAAACAGAAAACAUUGUUACGCCUCUGAUAUUGUGGUAAUACAGGAAGUGCUCCACUGUGUUUUUAAACUUCAUACACCUUCAGUAGAAUCAUUUGGAUUAUUUCAGCCCUGGAAUUGGCUAUCUUGUGCAGAAAAAGUAAAAGGUAGCUUGGUACUUGAAAAUUACCUCUACAUGACAUCACAAGGUGGAACAGAGUAUUUUGAGCUUUAGAGAUAAUUAUAAAGGGUUUCUCAAACAUGUGUGAAUGAAACAAAACACAACUCCAGGUCUGUUUUUGAGGAGACAACAUUAUAACAUGGCUUAAAGCUUACAAGAGUUAAUUUUGUUUAAUAUUUGACUUUAAAAACAAAACUACCCCAAAUCUCUCCAGUUUUACAAAGAAACUGUACACAUGAUAAAUACUGGGCCCUAAAAUAUAUAGUUCCAGCUGUUAUAUAUAUCGUUAUAGUAUUUAUGGUGACAGGCCUAGUUGUCCCAGUCUCAUGUCUUCUCUGGGGUGUGUCCUGGGGGCUCUGGGUGGCUCUCAGCUCCCAGCUCCUGGUUUGAAAUGUAACUAUUCAGAUCACAGUAUAAUACUAAAUGCUGAAAAUAAAACUUGUGACAUUUCAGUUCAGUUUAUAAGUGAGAGGUGUUUUUAUCUCACUGUUUAUGUCAUUUGAUCAAGAUUUUAAAUUUGAUUUGAUUAAAUAACUGCCACAUACUGUAACAUGUGAGACAACAAAUGUGAAUUAAAAGGAUUUCACUGUUGCUUGGCCAUAGUGUACUGCUAUUUGUGAUGUUUCUCCUCACAACUAAAAUGUGAUAGUGUGACAUCUCUUGUGUGUGUGUAUAGACUUUGAAAUAGCCAACCCUCUUUGAUCCACAAGGGAAAUGAUUUGGACACAGUACCUCCCACAUCACAAUAUAUUAUAGUAACAAAGAGAAAAUAUACAAUACAAUCCAUCAUGCAGUACCAUCAGGGAGGCAUACGUUUGGCCCCAAAUUUAUUCUCCAGCAGGACAACUACCCCAAACAUGCAGCCAAAGUCAUUAAGAACUAUCUUCAGCAUAAAGAAGAACAAAUUCUGGAAGUGAUGAUGUGGCCCCCACAGAGCCCUGACCUUAACAUCAUCAAGUGUGUCUGAGAUUACAUGAAGCAAUAGAAGGAUGUGAGGAAGCCUAUAUCCACAGAAGAUCUGUGGUUAGUUCUUCAGGAUGUUUGGAACAACCUACCAGCCGAGUUCCUUCAAAAACUGUAUGCAAGUAUACCUUGAAUAAUUGAUGCUCAUUUGAAGGCAAAGGAUGGUCACACGAAAUAUUGAUUUGAUUUAGAUUUCUCUUUUGUUCAUUUGCUGCAUUUUGUUGAUUGGUGAAAAUAAAUGAUUAACGCUUCCAUUUUUGAAGGCA